GGACAGAGGACCGAGAUCUGAGGACUGAGGACUGAAGAGUGAGGACAGAGGACAGAGGACAGAGGACAGAGGCUGCUCGGAGACGACGGCAGCAACGAGACAAACGCUGCAGAAUCAGAGCAACAACAAGCUGAACAUUAUUAAAGACGUUCCCACCAGAGACAGUUCAGCCUGGACGUGGUAGAAAACGUCCCCUGAGGGACACUGUCCUGUCUCACUGUCCUGUCUCACUGCACGUGACACACAAACAGUGUGUUUAUCUGUGUGUGUAAAUGCGUAGAGGACAUUUCUGUGUAGAAGUAAAUGCAGUUUGACUGAACCUUUCUCUGCCUCGUCCCCCUCAGGUGAGGACCCGGCCUACGUGGACAAGCUCCGGUCUACAUUCAGGACAGACCCGGAGACACGUGAGGAAAAUGACAACAAUGCAAAUGUGAAGAUGCUGCUGCAGUGGAGCUCAGAGGACACGAGGCUGUGGUGGGUCACGUUAACCUGCCGACUGCUUCGUCUGAGCCUCAUUCUGAAACCCCCCAUCAGCUCCGGGUCCAGAGAGUCCCCCCAUCAGCUCCGGGUCCAGAGAGUCCCCCCAUCAGCUCCGGGUCCAGAGAGUCCCCCCAUCAGCUCCGGGUCCAGAGAGUCCCCCCAUCAGCUCCGGGUCCAGAGAGUCCCCAGAAAAACGACGCUGUGGUUCAGCUUCAGAUCCGUCUGAGUCUUCAUGUCUCACUGCGUCCAUGGAAAGAAGAUCAACUCCUCCUCCUCUUCAUCCUCCUCCUCCUGGCUGCGGGGUCAUGUGACGGAGGAGAAGCGCUCCAUUAAUGAGCCUCCUCUCCGGGACUCUUUUCUGCUCCCGUCUCCGGGUCCAGUCCUCACACGGGACUCCUCUGAGGAGGGACAUGGACGCAGCAGCCGCCGCUUAGCAGCGCUUCACCUGCCGCGGAGCCGCAGCAGAGAGGAGCAAGGAGAGGAGGAAGGAGAGGAGCAAGGAGAGGAGGAAGGAGAGGAGGAAGGAGCCGCUGCUGCUCCAACUUUGCCUCAACUUGAGAGUUUGUGCGUAAAGACGCGGCACCAUGUGCGCCAGGUACCAGGAGCAGCUCAGCGUGUGCGUAAAGGCGCAGUGAGGACUUGGCGCUGUUUCGAAAAAGUUGGCAACAAGUGAGCAGACUCUUUUCCACUGAACUGAUCCCGGUCCGGUCCGGUCCGGUACGGCCGGUCCAGACCGGCCCGGUCCAGAGGGGUAAUGCCUCGCCCGGGCAGGAACACAUACAGCGACCAGAAGCCUCCGUACUCGUACAUCUCCCUGACGGCCAUGGCCAUCCAGAGCUGCCCGGAGAAGAUGCUCCCCCUCAGCGAGAUCUACAAGUUCAUCAUGGACCGGUUCCCGUACUACCGGGAGAACACGCAGCGCUGGCAGAACUCCCUGCGCCACAACCUCUCCUUCAACGACUGCUUCAUCAAGAUCCCGCGCAGACCGGACCAGCCCGGGAAGGGCAGCUUCUGGGCUCUGCACCCCAGCUGCGGAGACAUGUUCGAGAACGGGAGUUUCCUGCGGCGCAGGAAGCGCUUCAAGGUGGGCAGCAUGGCGGCCUCGGACCCGCUGGCCCCCAGCAAGCCGCAGGACGCCACGCACUUCCUGCAGCAUCAGCAGGCCAAGCUGCGGCUCAGCGCGCUGCACGCCGCCGCGCACCUCCCGCAGAUCCCGGCCGGAUACAACCUGAGCCCCGUGUCGCAGCCGUCCGGCUUCAAGCACCCGUUCGCCAUCGAGAACAUCAUCGCCCGAGAGUACAAGAUGCCGGGGGGGCUGGCGGCCUUUUCCGCCCCCGGAUACCCGCUGCACGGCCAGCUGACCCCGGCCUGGCCGCACAUGUACGGCUCCGGCAUGAUGGACACCGCGGCCCCCCUCUCCAUGCCCCCCGGGGACUACUCGGCCUACGGCAUGCCGCUCAAGUCGCUGUGUCACGGGGGACAGACUCUGCCCGCUAUCCCGGUGCCCAUCAAACCCACGCCCGCCUCGGUGCCCGGGCUCCCGGGGCUCCCCGCGCACAUCCCGGCUUUCCUGGCGAACUCCCCCCAGUCUCUGAGCCCCACCUCCCCGCAGACCGCCACCGGCCAGAGCAGCCCGGCCGGGCCCGGGGAGGCGCUGCCCUCCGCGGCCUCCACCUCCUCCGCAGGGCUGCAGUCCGCGGUGGCGGUGCACUGACGGGACUGACCUCUGACCUCUGACCCCUGACUCUGUGACUCUGUGACUCUGGAGCCGUGGAUCCGGUGAAUUCAGAGGAAACUGCGACCAAAUAUUUCUUUAUUUUGUAAUAAUUUGUCUGGAUCUGGUCUUGUUGCUCUGAUGCACUUUGGGACGUUGGUUCUGUUUGUGUUUGUUGUCGCUCCCGCACCUUCUGCCGCUCCUGCCGCUCUUGCCGCUCCUGUCGCUCCUGCCGCAUGCUCCUCCGUCUGAAAACAGAGACGAUCAGUGUUUGAAUGUUUUUACAGUUUUUUUAUUUGACAGCAUGAACAGUGGCUCAGUUUCCCCUGCUCCUCCUUUGCUCUUCCUCUCCUCCUCUCUCCUCCUCUCAAACCUCCUUGGAGAAAAAUGUGAAAUAAAUCUGUUGUGGUUUAUCUGA